AUGCAUCAAUCCAACUUGCGUCUGGUGCUGGCUGGUCUCGCGGUGUACGCGGUUUGGGGCACGCCGCAGGCAACCCUGGUCUACCUCGUCCUCGGCCUCCUCUUCGCCUUCUGGUUCUGGUGGGCCUCCGCCGGCAUGCCCAUCCGGAGGAAGGCACGAAGCAUCCACGCCAAGAUCUCCCUCGAUGCCACCAAGGUCCAGAAGUACAUCGACGAAAAGCGAAAAACCACCAGACAGCACAUCACCAUCACGCACGUCGUCGGCAAGGCGCUUGGUCUGGCCCUGCGGAAUGCUCCCGGACUCAACGGUCGCAUCGUGUUCGAUCGGUUCCUCCCCUUCAAGACAAUCGACAUCAGCUUCCUCGCGAUGGUGGAAGGCGGCAAGAACCUGGCCAAGGUCAAGGUGAGCAACAUCGACAAGAAGGGCGUGGACCAAGUCGCCACCGAGCUCGAUGCCGGCAGCCAGCGCCUGCGCAAGGGUACCGACGAGAACUUCAAGAAGAGCAUGGGUCCGCUCAAGCUGCUCCCGACCUGGCUCAUCAGGCUCGUGGUGAACACGGCCGCCUAUGCCGCUGGCGCCCUGGGCCUCUCCAUCCCCGCGUUGGGCGUGGAGCCUCACCCGUUCGGCUCGUGCAUCAUCACGUCCGUGGGCAUGCUGGGCGUUGACGAGGCCUUUGCCCCCUUCACGCCCUUUGCGCGCGUUCCUCUUCUCGUACUCAUCGGAGCGAUUCACGAGGGCGUCAAGGUGGAGGACGGCGAGACCAAGGUGACCAAGAAGCUCAAGCUGUGCUGCACCAUCGACCACCGCUUCCUCGAUGGCGCUCAGGGCGGAGCAAUGGCCAAGGUGCUGCGCGAUGUGUUCGACAACCCGUCCAUGCUCGACCAGGAGUGA